CCGAUUAUUAAAAAAUGGACAAAGAAGAAUUCAUAGCCAUAACACAUUUUAUAAAUCCCCAACUAUUUUGGUAUCACAAAGUCGAUGGGCAAAAUCCCGACUUUAUUGAAUCCAAACGCAUCGAGGAUUCCGUUCAACUUUUAUAUACGGCAAAACAAAGUGCCGCUUUGCGAGCCCAUCGCCCACAUGUUGGCGAAAUUGUUGGCAUUGCCUUCGUCUCAUGGAACAAAUUCAUUCGAGCUCGCGUUAUGCACAUUGUCAAAUAUACCAAAGCCCACGACGAGUACAUUGUUUGGGCUCUCGACUAUGGCUUUCCAUUUCAAACAAAAAUGUCUUAUAUUCGACAAAUGCCCGAAUCAUAUCACAAACAAACUAAUCAUAUUUGUAUUGGUGGCAUUGCCGAGGUAAUUCCGGCUGAAUUGGAAUUUGAUUUGGUCACAACGACAAGUCAGAUUGUAGCCAAACCAUCGUGGUCUCAGCGAUGUGUUGAAAUGCUUGAGAAGUUGCUUAACGAUGCUGCUUCAAUAUCAUUCAUUGAAUCGUUCCAAAUUCAAAGUCAUGAUGAGAAACAGCAUUUUGGCGAUAUGAAAGUUAUAACACAUUCAGGGUCGACAUUUUUUGUUAGUGACUAUUUGGUCAAACUCAACCAUGCGAUAACUUGCCAACAAGGUUUUCGUGAUAAGUUGACAACUUUGAAGACAAAUCGUCUUCCCUGCUGGGAGACAAAUAGUCAAGAUAUUAAAAUAAUUGAAAAUAAACUUAAUUCAUUGAAUAUUGAAAUGGGAAAAUUUGAUUUGUCUGGAACAAUGUCUGAAUCGUCAUGUGAUUUAUUUUCCAAACAGAAAGUUAUGGAUUGGUGUGAACGCAAUCAGAAUUUGAAUGAUAAAAAUGAAGAUAAUACAGAGAUAACAUUUCCAAGAGCAUCUAUGUUUGAUGCAACAGAUAUUGAAUUUGAUGAUUCGGUGAGUGUGAAGAAUGGUAUUGAUGAGGAGGAAACAGUUAUGAAAUCGGCUGGGAAAGUUCAUGAACAUAGGAGAAAGAUGUAUGAAGGGAAGCAAUUGCCUCCGAAGCCGGAGUUAGGGAAUUUUGCUAUGGGACCGGAGAAGAAGGCUGACACGGAAGUGACAAAUCAACCAAAUAGUUUGAUGAGUGGAAGAUCGGCCAGGGCUAAGAUGUUAAUGGAGCUGAGGAAGGCGCAUUCAAUUACAUUGGAGGCUCAGAAAAAAGAAAGUAUGCUUCAAAAACAAAUGGAUGAAUUAAAUAUGAACGCCCAAAGUGAAACUGGAACAGACGAAUUUCUUGAAAAAUGCAAAAUGAAAAAUGCCCAAGGCUUACAACAGCAGCAACAACCACAAACUGCAGAAUGUACCAAUGAUAAUUCUAAAAACAGUGACCAUGGCAGUCAUGUGUCUUCAACAAUCUCUAAACGUAAACAACAGCUAAUGAAGAUUAAAGAAACAUAUUGCAAACCAAUUGAAAACAUAUUGGAGAACACUGCUGACACAGCAGCAACUGAUAUGCACACUCUGGAUGAUAAAACUGAGACUAAAUCACAAGCAUCAUCGAAAGUUUCAUGGCACGUUGAGAGUUUGAUCAAGAAGAGAAACAAGAUCCUACAACAGCGAGCCCAAUCAGAAGCUUCCGGCUUGAUUACCACUCAACUUGAACCUGAACCAGCACCAGCACCAGUACCAACACCAGCACCAGCACCAAUAAAAAAGAUUCAUAAACAAAGUGGAUAUAUGAUGCCACAACAUAGUGCCAAAUUUAGUAGACUAGAUUUUUCAAAAGGUUUCCGUCAAUAUGCUACAAACUCUGACAUCAAACCCGUUCAAAAAUUGCCAGAAACAGAGUUUGAAGAAGAACCGAAGCCAAAAGUAAAACAACCAACAGCUGACGAAAUUCGAAAACUUGUCAACGAAGAUCCAUUUAAAAAUAUGACCAUGGUCCCAGGUGGUUUUAAUGUAACAAAACUUGUUAAACGUCGCGACGAAAACAACCACUGGCAUACAAAGAAAACAACUCUCAAUGAUAGAAUACAUUCAAAUUAUUCGUCCCAAGAAUAUGAAGCAAUGAAUUGCAAUGACAUCUCUCGACGCACAGAAGACAUUGAGGAAGAUUUUUUUCGGCUUACUAGGUCUCGAAAAGAACGAAAGAAAAGUGAAGAGAGAAAUGUAAUCGAUUCACAUCUAGAUGAUACCACUUCUACAUCGGCAGAGAUUGUAGAAAAAAGAUCUCCUGUAAAAUCAGAGAGAUCAUCAGUAAAGAAUAUAGAAAAAAGAUCUCCUGCUAAAUCAGAGAGAUGUGUCGUUGAUUCAUCUUCAACUGAUGACAAAAGUUCAACCAUAAAAAUUAGUGAGGGAAGAACACUUCUUGAUUCAUCAUUUAACGAUGGUAGUUUACCCCUAUCACCAAGGAAACAUAAAGAGAACAAACGUUCCAAAUCGUCUCCAUGCAAAAACAAGUUACUCACGACCAAAAGUGUUGAGAAACAUCUAUUAGAUUCAUCACUGCAAGAUUCUGAUUGUCCACCAGCCAUUACACCAGAAGUCGUCACUGAUAUGUUGAUAUUCAAUGACACAAUUAAAUCGAAACCAGAUAACUCAGAUGAAUUUGACAUAAUUUCGAAAUUGGUAGAAAUCAAAGAGAAAGAACCAUCUCCAAAAAAAGACAACUUGGAAGAAUUUGAUAUUAUCUCAAAAUUAGUUGAUUUAACUACAACUCAAAAUGAUGGCGAAAAUUUAGAUAAAUCUGCUUCUUCGGAUUCUUUUUUAAAAGAAAUGAAUGUAAUGAAUUCCAUCAAAGACACAUCAAGAGAAAAACUUCUCCAGACUAGUAAUGCCACGAGCGAUGAAUCUCUGGAUGCCACAAACAUGAAGGCAGUUAUUGACAAGCUCAUAAGUCCAAAGUCGAAGACAAAAACAAACAAAAAUAUGGAAGUCAUUGGAUCUUCAUCAUCGAUUUCAUCGUCUUCUUUUAAAAACCUUGACAUUGCCAAAGAACAUAAAGAACCUUGCGUAAAAAAAAUUGUCUCCAAAGAUGCAGAUCAUAGCUAUGAAGCUUCUGAAUCAUCAAUAUCAUCAAAUUCAGUUGAUAAAAUCAAAAUUCAACCAAAAUCAUCUGUAUCAAGUUUAAUAUCUGAAAGUUCAAAUGGACAAAAAUCUCUCAAAAAACAGAAUCUUCCAGAAACAAAAGCAGAUAAACCACAUUCUACAAAAGCUGCUAAGGAAUCACCACCAUCUUCGACUGCCUCAUUGUUGCAAUCUCCAUGUUCAACGCCAGUUCAUAAAACCAAGUCUGAAUCAUCGUCAUCCAUUCAUACUCCUAAGGUAUUGAAUCAAAAAGAAUAUCUUCAAAGUCUGGCAAAUUCAUAUCUUCCAUCGCCAACACAUAAUAGCAACUAUCAUCUGCCAGAAGUCUCUGGAGAAGCUUCUCUCAAGACAAAUUUCAUUCAACAUCUUGUAUUGGCUCAUAGCAAAAACCAUGUCAAACCCAUUGAACGGAUGAAGAAUGCUUUAUUUUCCGAAGAAAUCCAUCGCGAAAUGGAACACAUGCGAUUGACAAAAAUGUAUCGCAUUCAAGCGUAUGCAUGGUCGCAUUUAGUUCGUGGUAAUUGCUUUUGUGUGAUCAAUACAAAUAGGACUGGCAAAACUUGGUGUUAUUUGCCUCCAGUUUGUAGUAUGUUGAGUUUUCGGUUAGAAUCGAAAGGUAUUCUUCAGUCUUAUGGCCCAGCUGUAAUCAUAAUUGCACCAUCAUCGGUUCAGGUUGAGAGUAUUGGUCGCCAUUGUCGACGGAUUCUGGCUAGCACAACACCUAAAGUUAGUAUUGUUCCAGCAUAUGGCUUUCGAAAUACUGAAGAAGUUAAAAUUGAACUUCAUAAUGGUUGUGGAGUGCUUGUGAUCACACCACCAUGUUUGCAGAGGUUGCUUGUGGCCAAUGAAACGGAAAACUUGUUAAACAUUCAUCGUGUACAGACUUUGGUAAUUGAUGGUUUAGACAGCAUUAUGAAUGAGAAUCCGGAAUUUGAUGAAACUCUGUACAAACUUGUUUCACCGGUUUUGGAAGAUGAUAAGAUUCCAUUUCAACUCGUUGUGACUUCGAAAACUUGGACACGAAGAUUUAUUAAUUUUCUAAAAAUUGGUAAUCAACCGUUGUUGUGUAUUGCAGAUUAUUUGGAAGCAGCUGUCUAUGCUAAAGCUAAAGUUUCAAUUAAAUUGCAAAGUAGCUCAGAGAAAAUGUCUGUUGUGAUGAAAUGCUUGGACAAAUGUGGAUAUGAGUUGGAGAGAUGUGUGAUUAUUUGUAAUUCGGGAGAUGAAGUACUUGAAGUUGAGAGAUGCUUAAGGGAAUCUGGAUACAUGUGUAUGGUUUAUACUGAUCAAAUGCCUGCUGAUAGUGCCGAUAUGAUCAAUGAGUGGAAGGAAAAGACUGUAUGCCAUCAAAUUCUCAUCACCAACGACAAUGUUCUAGCAGAAUUGCAACUCCAAAAUAUUUGGACCUUAAUUCAUUAUUCAAUGCCAAUGUCUUGGACAAAAUUCAAUUUUCGUUUCUCACUCUUCCUGGACAACUACGAGAACAUGUUAAUUACAAACUUUGAAAAACCCAACAAAGUACCGAAAUCUUUGAUUCUCCUUGACGAAAACAAUAAUCUCCAAUUGCCACGAUUAAUCGAAUUCAUGAAGAACCACAAUCAAUUGAAACACAUUCAUCCUGACAUUCUCAACGUAGCUGCAAAAGUCACCGCCGAACGAGAAGAGUUGCGAGUUCAGCAAGAUGUCGUUAUGUGUCCGAAAAUUCUUGAAUUCGGUUCUUGUGACGAAGGCAAUCGAUGUCCUUAUCGUCAUCAGCUAACAAAAUACGAUGGACCUGCUCAAGGAAUUCCAAAAAGUGGUGAUAUACGUUUGAAGAUCCUUGAAGUUAUCUCGCCGACUCAUUAUAUUGCCAGGAUCUUAACUCACAAACAGCAGGGAAAUUGGGAUGUUGUUAGGCGUUCCAAUGAGUAUGCAACAUUCUCAAUGAAAAUGUCUAUGCACUUUAUCAAUGAAGACGCCCGCAUUAUUCAUUGGCCACCCAAAGUCAAAGAUAUUUGUAUGUACAAGGACGGAGAUACCUAUCAUCGAUGUCGUCUCCUUGAAGUACCAACGAUUCUCUACGAGAGUAUCGUAAAACUUCUGAAUGUAAAAAUCAAACUUAUCGAUUCGGGAAAAAUUAUAAUGUGUAAGUCACAUGAUUUAUUGGUAAUACCGGAAGAGUUUAAAGAAUUCCCAGCUCAGGCAAUUGAUAUUCGUUUGUCCGGUGUAGUUCCAUUUGACAAUGAACGCGUUUGGGAUUCAAAAAGUAUUCGUACGGUCAAAAAAUGGAUCGUCACUGAUGUCAACGACAAUGAUGUACUCCAAGCAAGUAUCAAUUUCGUAUUGAUGGAUAUCAUUUGGGUGAACAAUGUUGUUCUAAUGGAACAGCUACCUGCUAUAAAUGGAUUUGCUCUCAAGAUAAAUGUCCGCCGAUCAUUGUUGGGUAGGGGUUUUGCCUUGGACAAUAAUCAAAUGCAUACAAUUAAACAAACAGCAAUGGAGAAUAAUUUACUAAAAGCUACACAAGGAACUGUUAAAGUAAAAAAGUCUGAAGAGGAAGAGAACCUGCUCGAGUUUUCAACAGCUUCAUCAGAAGAUAAAAAUAAUAGCAAUUCUGUUGAUGUAUUUUCAUCACCUCGUGCUUUUUCAAAGGCGCAGGAAGAAAAGGAGAAUUUAAACUCAUCGAUGACAUUUCCUGUGAUGACCAAAAAAAGACAAUCGUCGAAACCAAAAGAAGAAUGGUCAUCAAUUGAAUUGGACGAACUGUCUCAGGCAAAAAUCACAGAACUAAGUAAUCCGAGUAUGUUUUUCUUGCGUUUGCUAGACAAAGAGGACGACAUGAAAGACCUGGAAGAUCACAUAAAAAUGGAACAAAAAUUACCCCUCCAUGAUCCACAUCCAAUGCAGAAUUGUCUGGCUCCACGUCAAGGACGUUAUCAUCGCGGUAAAAUUCAACGCCUAAUAAUUGACUCCGAAGAGGGCUGUGUUAAGGCCAGAGUUUUCUUUUGUGAUGUCGGAAUUUUCCGCAAUAUUCCGUUAGAAAAUCUACGAUCAAGCAGCAAAUCAAUAAUAGAAUUUAUGCCAUUUCAAGCGAUUUGUUGUAAACUAACUGGAAUCAAUGUAGAAUGUGAUGUGGAUGAAAUUCAAAAAUUCAUUCAAGUCGAAGAUAGUGUUCAUUUGGCUUAUGCGGUGAAAGAAUUGCCUUACAAUGAUGAAGGCGCUUUCGGUAAUCGUAAUUACGAGAUUAUUCUGUAUGAAUGUUUCACCGACAAGAAGGACAUUCAAAUGAAUAAAAUGCUUGUGGAACAUGGACUAGCAACUUACAAUGAUGAUACCAAGCAUUUUCUUGAACUAGAAACUUCAAUUGAUUUGGAAAAUUUCGAGUAUCAAGAAGAUGAUUCUUAUGAUUUUCAGUCUUUCCUUGAUCGUAUAAAACAGCAAAUGGACGAAGAAGAUGAGGAAUUUAUAAACUCAUCAAAGCCUAUGAUUGAAGAUGUCUCUGACGAACCUAAAAUAGUAGAAAUCACUGAAGAAGAUGAUGUCAUCGAGGAGGUAAAACCCGACGACGAAAAUGAAGAACAUUCCAAAGAUGAAAUUGAUUCAACAACCCCACCGCCAUUAAAAGCUCUUCAUAAGCGUCCCUUGACCACCUGGCAUGAAACAAUGUGCAUGAUUUACUUGGUGAUUCAUGCACCAGACAUUGUUGACUAUCAUCUUGAGGUACAUCCAAAGAGUGUAAUAUUUGUAGCCAAUGUGAAUGGUGAAACAAAUGUGCUAAUACUUAACUUAUUGGGAUAUGUUAAACCUGAAAUGGUGACACACGAAAUUCGUGGAUUGAAUGUUGUAGUUCGUUUGGUGAAAGAUUUAUACAUGCCAUGGCCGAGAUUAUUACAAGAUCCAACAAAAUUCUCAUGGCUAAAAUAUAAUUUCAAUGCUAUGGAUGUGAUGGAUGAAGAAGAGAUGUUUGGGCAGUUGUCAGGAACUAAGAAGAGACGACGUUUGAGUCGUUCGAGUGAAAGCUCGACGAAUAGUCGUAUAUCAAAUUGUUGUGAGACGUUUACACCAAUUGUCAAUAAUGAUCAAAUGCAUGAUCCAAUGCAAGAUAUUUACUAAGUAUUUUUUAUUAUUAUAGGUAUAUUUUUUUUUUCUUUUCUUGUUUUUUUUUUUUUUUGUUUAUCGAGAAAGGAUGGCUGAUAUUUUAAAGAAGUUGACGUAUUAUUUAAGUUUUUUUUUUCUUGUUUAUAAAACAAUAUUAACCACCAUUUCAUAUAACUUUAAACGUGUAGGACACGGUAUUUUUGUUUCCUUAAUUAUUAUCAUGCUUUAGUUACUCGUAUAGUUAUAUAGAUGUUACCCAAUAACAAAAAUCAAUUAAAAACUAUUAAAAACACAAAU